CGAGAGCUUGCCUAGCUUAGGGAUUAAGCGAGUGAGGGAGUGAAUAGGGCGAGCACGUGGCUCCGCGACUCCGGCUCACGCACGCUAAGCUUUCUCCGGCGAACCAAGGGCCCGAGCUUCAAAACAACCAAUUCACUCCUGCUCGCAGCACAUUCACUCGCUGGAUCAAGUGAAGCCAGUUGGGGUCCAAGCAAGACAUGAUUUUGGGUUCCACCCCGAGGCUUCCCACCCUACGAUACCCUCUUCCGCCCGACUCGUGGUUCCUUCAGAGCAACGCCCGCAAUCCGACAGCAGGCCAACCCGACAAUGGCUUUCAGAAAAGCGAACCAACCAACCUUCAACCUCUUCAGUGGCGAGGCAGAGCCACCUCCACCAGUCCGGGAGCCAUUGCGCGAAACCUUCCGAACCACCCUCCGCACCUCACAAAAUGCGCCACAUACCGUCGUGCCCUCCGACUCGGUCAAUGAAGAGCUGCGAGCGCAGCUCAAUACCCUCCGAUACGAGCUCGAGACAGCGAAGCAGGAGCAGGAGAAAUUGAAGCUGGAGCAUGAGAGCGAGAUCCGAGAUCUACAAAAUCGCGCCGAGGCGGAUUUCAAGAAGGCGCAACAAGCGGAGACGGCGAGCAAUCUGACGGCCAAGAAGUAUGAGACGCUACAACGAGAGCUUUCAGAGGCGCAGACACGGAGUGUCAAUGAGAAGCAGGAUCUAGAAAGGCGGCUGCGAGCAUCGCACGAGAAGGCUCAGCAGUUACAGGAGGAUGCUGAUGAGCUAAAGGACGAGCUGGCGACUACACAAAGGCAGAACGAGCAUCGGUACAACACGCUGCAAGCGGAGCACAAGUCGCUGAAGGAUUCGGUAGAAGAGGUCAAAGCGGACCUGGACGCCAAAGUCAAUGCGCUACAGACGACGCAAAGGAAGCUGUCGCAGAAAGAGGAGGAAGUCGGAGAGCUGGAGGCAGAAGUCCUGCGACUGAAGGCGAGCACUGGCGAUGCGGAAACAUUGGUUGUUCUCAAGCGCGACUUGUCAGAGCAAAUCGCGUACGGCAAGAAAAUGGAGACCUUGACACGAGAACAGAAUGCGGAACUGAAGCAGUAUCGGAAGCAACACAAGUCCAUCGAGGUCGUGGAAGAGGAGAAGAGGACGCUACAGAACAAGCUUCGUAUGAUGGAUGACCUGCAGCGACAGCUCAAUGAGGCAGAGCUUAGGAAGCAGAUCCUGGAAGACGAAAGGAAUUCAUGGACCUCAUAUUUGGAGACAGAAGCCGAAGGCGAUGCACAAUUCGAGACGCCGGAGGAUCUCGCACGAGCUUUUAUUCGAGAGCGACUAGAGAAGACCGACCUGAUGAACCGACUAGGAGAGAUCAAGCCAGAGCUCACCGUCAAAGAAGCCAACAUCCAAGCGCUAGAAGACGAAAAGGCUAAACUACAAGCUGAAAUCCAGCAACUUAAAACCACUGGCAGCACCGCCCUUAACCCUAACGAAGCCAAAGCCCGCGCCCGACUAGAGCGCCAGAAAGCCCUCGCAACUAAAGAGGUUGAAUUCCUCCGCGCCCAAGUACAAGCCUUCGACGACGAAGAGCGCGAAAUGCAGCCGGAGACCUUCGACGCCGCGAAAACAACCCGCAUCAAAGAGCUCGAAGACCUCGUCGACCAGUACCGCACCGAAAUCUCCACACUCCAGAAGGAAUUCUCCAGCAUCGAGCAACAACAGCAACCUGCCACUGUAGCAGCAGGCCAGAAGCGGCCCUUCGACACUACAGACACCGACGAAAUAGACGAACGUGUGGGCGAAUUGCGCCGCAAGAAUCGACAGCUACAGGACGAAAUGAAUGCCCUGCAAAAGCGCCUCAAGCUCAUGGAGUCAGAGUACAAAGCGCAGCACUCACAGCUCAAGAAACUGAAAGAAUCCUCACGGACGCGGAUUCUGGAGUUGAAAUCAAACCCGACGGCUGACGCAGAGGCCCUCAAGCUCAGCACCGUCCGCACCUUGCGAGAAGCAAACGAGCAGCUUCUAGCACAACUUCAAGGCACAAACCCGCCAUCCGCCGUCCCCCUUGCCACCCUCACCGCGGCACAAGACCAACUCGCCGAAGCCCAAUCCCUCAUCGCCAGCCACGAGAAGAAAAUAAAACGCUUAAAACAAAUCUGGACCGCAAAGUCCCUCGAGUUCCGCGAAGCCGUCGCCUCCAUCCUAGGCUGGAAGCUCGAUUUCAUGCCCAACGGCCGCGUCAAAGUGACCAGCAUGUUCCGGCCUGCGGACGAAGGCGGUGAAAAUAGCAUCGUGUUUGACGGCGAGAAUGGAACUAUGAAGGUCAGUGGCGGGGAGCAGUCAGCUUUUGCGAGCGAGAUCCGCGAUCAGAUUGUGUAUUGGGUGGAGGGGAGGAAGGAAAUCCCGUGCUUUCUGGCAGCGUUGACGUUGGAGUUUUGGGAGAGGGGGAAUGCUACGAGGUCGCUGUGAGGGGGCGAGGAGAUUGUAUGAUACAAAUGUUAUGGGAGGGUAUGGCGUUUGAGGAGUAUGUGUAGGAUACUAUCCUGAGAAAGGCUGCUAGUAUUGCAGCGGUGCGAUUGGUAUCUUCUGGAUAAUACCCUUCUGGGUUUGUUCCAUU